GCCCCCAGCACCGCCUGGCGGGAACGUUUCUUUUCAACAUAAACAAGAAGAUGGAGGGGUCGUCGAGUGAGAUAAUAUCCAGCACUACUGAUAAAAUCAAUUUAACUGAAGUCGAGGCUGUUGUCCAGUCAUGGAUGAUCGAUUAUUACUUCGCGUCACUGUGUCGGCUCUUCAGAGACAGAUCUGCGCCGGAGUUUCGUAAAACAUUGAAACUCUUUGAAAGUAUCGUGGAUGAUCUCGAGGCGGGUUCCCACAGGUCAGAUCACCCCACUCAGAGAACGAUCUGCUGCUUCCUCGCCAGAGUGAUGGACGGGGAAAACCUGGAAGUGCGUUAUGAUCAUGUUUCUCAAAUCACUCCCUUGAUGUCAGCGUUGCCGAUUUGGGAGUCUUUAAAGGAAGUAUCUGAUUCAGACUUGCACGCUAAGAUCAAGAUGCUACUGAUUGUUCAGUCUGUCGCUGUGUGUGUGAAGAAAGGACAUUCAAAGUUGGCAAAUGAAACCCUGCAGUGGCUGGAAAAAGAGACUGAGUUACCAGCGAAACUACAAGGAAAGCUGACCACCAUUGUGAGUAAGAAGGAUGCAUAUGAUCAGCUCCUGAUGAACUUCACUUUCGAGCAGCUGUUGGAGAACAUUGAUACAUUCCUCAACGCAUUCAGCCAGGAUCGUUCCUCCGUUUUCUUAUUCGAAGCAGCAUUAAAAGUGGUUCAAGCCCGUCAUGAGAGAUCAGAGAAAACCUCAUCCGUACAGGAUGGAAGUGAAAGGACUCCAUCCAGCACAGAGUCAAACAAACCAGAAGAAAAUGAGACACAGGUGGAUCCACUGGUGUUGAAUAUCAGACCCAAAAGGAAACUUUUUUCAAAGCAAGUUCAUCACGUAUGGAAACCUGAAACUGCCAAAAAAGAGCAAACCACGCGCAAGAGAACCUCUGUUUACAAAGUUUCCAGGAGAAGUAGUGUCUGUUCAGAUUUACAAAGCAAUGUUAGUGUGACGAGCCAGCCCAGAAGGAAAUGGACCACAGAAGAAGACAAGAAGCUGAAAGCAGGUGUGAGGAAGUAUGGAGAGGGCAAAUGGAGAAUGAUCCUGGAUGACUUUGAGUUUGACAACCGCACCGGUGUUAAUCUCAAGGACAGAUGGAGAAUCCUGAAGAAAACCGAAGGCUAUUGAGCUGCAGGUGGCUUUUGCUUUUAGUAUUUAAAGAGCUUUAGAAAUUUUCAGUAUUUAAGU